UGUAUCAGUCUUAUCUUAUUCAAAAAAACGUGUUAACAUAUUUGCAUGUCCAAGUUUGUAAAGACGAUCUUAUGUUAUUUGAAAACAGGAGUUGUUGGAUAAAAUUUGCGUUCAAAAAAGGCGGGCGCUUACACUUAAACGUAUACGUGGAAGGUGUGUACAGUAAGUUUACAGUACACACGACGUUCCCCACAGUAGUGAGAUGAUAACAGUAGAUACUGAAGAUCCCGGGACCAAAGAGGGCGUCACCAUGAGCGCGCCACGACGGAACACCAAGUUCCUGAUGUUCAUGAUUCACGUCAACUACGCCAUCUAUGGGAUGAGCUCACAUCUACAAGGUGGUGCCUUCCCGUUUGUGUCCAAGAAGCUGGGUGUGGACCCCACCACCUGGGGCUACCUACAGACCACCAUCGCCAUCGCACAGCUCGCAGGAUGUCCCAUCUUCGGACGCUUUGGUGACCUAUAUGGCAGCAGGGCCGCUAUGACCUUGACCUUCGUGGGGAUGAUGGUGGAGAACCUUCUGGUCGUCAUGUCCUUCUCCGGCGGUAUCCCACUGCUGUUCAUCUCCAGGGCUCCCAUGCUGUUUAUUCAUCCUAUGACAGCUUUCCAGAUGGCAGCAUCAGACCUCUCGGAUGAGAAGAGUCGAGCGGACGCGCUGGCUAAACUCAACAUCGUCUCUACAGCAGGACGGAUCCUGGGUCCUACCAUAGCUGGCUGGCUGGUCGAACAAUACGGAGAGUCGUUCACCUGCCUGGUAGCUGCCAGCAUGUCGGGUCUCUGCGUGGCUCUGGUCUGGGGAUUCAUUCCUGCCAGCACCAAACUAGUCGACGAGGAAACAGCAGAAACAUCCAGCCAAAAAAAGACCAGCCUGUUUGACUACAGAGAGAUUCUCCGGCUGUUGAGGAUCCCAGUUGUGGCAGAGAUCCUGGGGAUUAAGAUGUUCUGCAGUGUGGCUUUCUUCCUGCUCAACUCCAUGAUGCCCAUCAUUCAGAUGGAGGUGUUUAAGAUGAGUCCACAGGAGUACGGCUACUUCGGCACCUACCUGGGCAUCGUGUACCUGAUCUGUUUCAGCUGUGUGAGCCCGUUAACAAAGCGGUUCAGUGACAUCAACGUGAUGCGCAUUUCAGAAAUCUUUGUCACCAUCGGUGAUUUUGGGCUGGCCCUGUCGAACAACUACUGGCAGGCGGGGCUGGCGUUUCUCCCACGAUGCUUUGGGGACGGCAUCCUGGCCACGAUGAUCAACUCUGGGCUCAGCAAGGGGGUGUCUGCGCAGGAUACAGGAGGUGUGAUGGGUCUGAGCCUUUCCGCGGGCCACGUCCCCCACAUGAUCACACCCCCCAUCGCUGCAUACCUGUUCGAAACCUUCGGGUACAGGGCUAUAGGGGUCAGCUGCUUCGCGAUAAACAGCGCUAUGACUGUGUACCUGCUUCGACGGAAGGAUGCACCGUCAACUUAGUGUGCUGCAUGGCAGUUGUAGUAUAGCCUGGUUACCAGACCUAUUUUAGCUUCCGAGUCUUUACCCUCUAUGUAAAUAUCUGUAUCGGUAUAGCCGGUAUAACUGCCCUUCAGUGUAACACACCAGCUAAUGGAAAUAGGAGAGGAUAAAGACUUGGGAGCUAAAAUACGGUAGGCGCAUCUUAUUACCUUGAUGUCUAACCUUCACCAAUGUAACUUUGAAUGUACUUUGCUGAAAUUGGGCACACCUUUUCCCCACAUGAUCACACCCCCCAUCGCAGCAUACCUGUUUGAAACCUUCGGCUACAGGGCUAUAGGGGUCAGCUGCUUCGCGAUAAACAGCGCUAUGACUGUGUACCUGUUUCGGCGUAAAGAUGCGCCGUCAACUUAGUGUGCUGCCU